AUGAGUGCCCGAAUCUCCCGGUCCUGGUUGGCGCUCGCGGCUCGCAACUCGUCCGUCCCAUUCCUGUACCAGACUCGCACCCUCACUGCCGCAUACCUGUCCCCUCCAGUCCGUCACAGCCAGCAGCAGCAGCAGCACUACUCGACGUCCAGCGACGCCAACGAGCAGGAACAUGAAGCAGCAACAGCAGAAUCAGCACAAGAUGACAAGCCCGCGCGUCCAACCCGGAGGAGCUUUCUACGGAAAAAAGCCGCGGCCGUCACGCAACAGCAGCAGCAACAAGCUCCCAGCAAAUCAGCUCCGCAAAAGCCGGUGACCAUGACCAGCACCGAGAAACAGAUCUUCGGCAACCUUCUCGAGCAACUCGGCACUGAGCGCCGUCAGCAAUCCCAGACUGAACCCACACCAUCCACGCCGUCAUCAACGGAACCCAAAUCCACCCUCCGCGACGACGAAAUGGACGAGAUGGCCCAAAUCUCCGCAAUCUUCGACUCCGUCCUCCAAGACAUGAAAGAAAAGCGCCAGCGCAGCGCAGCGCGCACCGAGCGGCAAGAAAGCGAACUCGCCGUGCGAGAAAAGAAUACAGCCAUCGAAGAAAAGCUCCAAACAGGCGAAUACACCGACGACGAGCUAGCAGAGAUGAUAUCCUCGAACCAGAUUACCAUGGACCGGGCCAUCGAGGCCGUGAUCAUGCGCGAGUCCGUAAGCAUCGAAGCGGCGCUCUGGGACGCGAUUGAUAACCGUCGCGGAGACACGGGUAUCUGGGAGGUAUGCAAGGAGCGGAUCUUCAAUAUCCUUCGACACUUGGACGAUGAAAAGAAGGGUUUAUUGGGCAUUAAGGACGAAGCCACCUCCUCGGAAGACAGCUCCCUCACUAUCCCACCCAUCGUCCCCACCGAACCCGUCGUCACAGAACUCUACCCCAAAAUGCUCCUCGUCGCGUUCAAGCUCCUCAACCUGCAUUAUCCGGACUCUCAUCUCAUCAGCCAGUUCCGUGCGACGAUUAAAUCUAUGGGCCGGGCGUCUGCGGUCCUGGGCGGGUCCACGGCUCUCUAUAAUGAGUUUAUUUACUUCUAUUGGCGUGGGUGUCAUGAUUUGCCCGGUGUAGUGUCGCUGCUUCGCGAUAUGGAGGUUACGGGCGUGGAGCCGAACCGUCGUACGUGCGGUUUAUUGCAUUCGAUUAAGAAUCAGAGGGAUCAUGAUCUGAGGAAUCAUUGGCGGAAGGCCAAGGUGGAGGGGAAGCAGGGGAAGUCGAAUCGCGAGCCGUGGUGGGAUUUGGCGCCGAAUCGGAAGGCAGUGAAGGAGUUGUUUGGGGAUGAGGGGUGGGUUAAGAGAUUGGAGGAGAGGGUGAAGGAGAUUGAGAGGGCGAGGGAUUAUUAG